GAUCUCGCGAUACCCCGUCACACACCACCGGCAGUAUAUAUUGAGCUGUCCAAAAUUUUCCCUGUUACACAUUCUUACCUGUGGCUCGGUUGGACAGAAUCCAGUGGGAAAAUGUCUCAGUAUUCUGGAAAGAUCGUGUUUUACGAGGGCAGAUGCUUCACUGGACGGAAACUGGAGGUUUUUGGAGAUUGUGAUAACUUCCAGGAUCGUGGAUUCAUGAACAGAGUAAACUCCAUCCGCGUGGAGAGCGGUGCCUGGAUCUGCUACGAUCAUCCGGACUUUAAGGGUCAGCAGUUUAUCCUGGAGCGAGGAGAAUACCCAGAGUUCCAGCGCUGGAAUUCUCAUAAUGAUCACAUGGGCUCCUGUAAACCCAUCAGGAUGCACGGUGAGCACUAUAGGAUGGAGGUGUUUGAUGGCUGUAACUACAGCGGUCAGUGUAUGCAGUUGUGUGAUGAUUGUCCGUUCCUCCAGAGUCGUGGAUUCAACAACAACUGCGUCAACUCUGUCAGAGUCUUCGGUGAUGGAGCUUGGGUGAUGUACGAAGAGCCGAACUUCAGGGGUCGCAUGUACAUCGUGGAGAGAGGAAACUACUGUAACCACAACGAGUGGCAGGCACAAACCCCAAACAUUCAGUCCAUCCGCAGGGUCAUCAACUACUUCUAACCCUCCAAACCUCUCCUGAUCUCAUGUAAAAUAAACACAACAAUCUCAACCUGAACUAUUUUAUCACACAACAGCGUCCGUGUCUAUCAAUCAAUCACUGUCCAUCCAAACAGAUUUAGAUUUGACAUUCUCAUAACUAGUACAGUCUCAUGUCAAUGUGUUUGUUUUAUAUAUCAGGUGACUUUUUGUUUCAGGAUAUGUAUUACAAAUCAACAAAGUAUUGCUAUAAUAGUACCUUGGGGGUGGUUUCCCGGACAGAGAUUAGCUUAAACCAGGACUAGGCCUUAGUUUAAUUCAGAAAUAUAACUAGUUUUAACGAACAGGCCUUACUUAAAACAUUACUUGUGUGCAUUUUGGGGCAAAGAAAGGGCAGUGAUGUAUUUUAAGAUAUGUCAGUACAAGAGGUUUAGAGUUUGGACAGCUCUUACAUUUAUUUUAAUCUAGGACUAGUCUAAUCCCUGUCUGGGAAACUACCCCUUGGAGUACUAUAAAUACAUAUAGUACAUGAAUAUUGAAAUCUGGCAUCUGAUAUCACUGCGUAAUUUGACCAGAAUUUUUAUAUAUUGUAAAGAGCAUUAUGGGUACUAUUACAACACACAGAUCCACAUAAACAACAUUUACGAUCCUAAAUGUGAACAAAGAGAUCAUAUUCAUGUAAAUAAUGACUGCAGAUUAACAUCCAAAAAAACUUUUAUUGCAUGUUGAACAAAUUCCCUUUGGGUUUGAUUUUUGAACCUGAACAUAAAGAGAAUCGAGUAAAACUCAAUAUUGCUUUCAAAUGAACUUUCAAUGCAUGAAACUUUAUAUGAGAUAACAAAACCAAAAAACACAUUCAAUGUCUGAACUCUGUUCUUUAAAAGACAUGAAUGAUAAAUGCUAAAAAUAAUCCAAACAUAAUAGUUCAAAAUCAGAACGGUU